AUGGCAGCUACGUAAAGGGCAAAUACCAACUCUUAAUUAUGAAAGAAUAGUUAAAGACGGUCUGUGAGAAAUUUAACAGAAAAACUGACCGGCAAAAUUUGCAAAAAUGUUGUCGCUAGGCCCCAAAAUGGACGGAAGUCCAAAUACGAAAUAUUUUGAGUGCCAAGAAACGUUGGCUGCUCUUGAAUGCGUUCGUCUUUGGCUGCAAAGAAACGGCAAAAAGUAUGUGUCGUCCGAUCCUAUAAACAACCGCAUAUUGGCAGCUUUGACAGUGCAGUUAAUGCAGUUCCAAGAGGAUUUUCUGGGUAAAAACUCGCAAAAACCUUUGAUGACCAGGAUUCCUGUCAAGUAUUUCCUGGACUUUAAACCUGGAGGUGGCUUGUGUCAUCUGCUCUUGGCAGCUUUUAGAUUUAAAUGUGAACACGGCUGGAGAAAAUUUGAAUUGCCAACUGGAAAGACGAAUUCCAACAAAGUUGAGAGAGUUUUUGACAUGUUCCAAGCCAUGGAAAAAGCCCUCAUACAAAAUAAGCUGUUUGUCUUGCCAAUAGUCUACAUUAAAGGUGACAUAGAGAAGUCAAUAAAUCAAAAAAUUAAGGAGAUUAUAAGGAAACGAAAUGGACAAAUAGUGGAAUCUGAAGAAUCCGCCACCCACAUUAUCUACGGUCCGGCAGACCCGCUCAAAGAAGAAUACGCAAGGCCUCUAUUCAAAAGAGACAAAAACAUAAUGAUGCACUGGUAUUAUUUUCCAAGUUCCUACGAUACUUGGUUGAAUUGUGAAGCCAUGGCUCUGGAUGGGCUGGCUGUUGAGCCCAUGAGUCCACAUGUCGGGCCUUGGAGGCUCACCUACUUGUGGGUGUACGAGACUGAUCAGUACAACGAGUGGAUGACUGAGGAGGAUUACGAGGUGGACGAAACGGGCCGAAAAAAAGUCCACCCGCAGAGAAUGUCGGUGGACGAUUUGAUGAAUCCGGACAGCAAUAGGAAAAAACAAAAACGGAGGAGGUCGCCUUCGCCGUCGUCAAAAAGCGGGAAAAGAAAGAGCGGGAGGAGCCCGGCUAUUUGCAAAAAGUCCAAGCCGGAGGACGAGGUGGAGGAUCUCACCAAAGACAUGGAGGACCCCGUGCCGGAGCCCAACAUAGUGGAGGUCAUUCCUGGCGCCCCGAGUCUACUGGCGACGAAAAAAGAUCACGAGUUGCAACCGUUAAAAGGAGGAUCGUUAACUGAGCUCGACGAUCAAGACGACAAAGGGGAAGAUUCUCAAACCGCCAAAAGUGACAGCAACACGCAGGACGAUGGACAAGAAGAUAACGUCACUGAGCAAACCCACCACAUUAUAAUUCCAUCGUACUCUUCAUGGUUCGACUAUAACUCCAUACACGAGGUGGAAAAACGAGCGAUGCCGGAAUUUUUCAACACGAAAAACAAAUCGAAAACCCCCGAAAUCUACUUGGCGUACAGAAACUUCAUGAUCGACACCUACCGACUCAAUCCGACCGAAUACAUAACGAGCACGGCGUGCAGAAGAAAUCUCGCUGGCGAUGUGUGCGCUAUCAUGAGAGUGCACGCUUUUCUCGAGCAAUGGGGUUUGAUUAACUAUCAAGUGGACACGGAAUCCAGGCCUACCCCUAUGGGACCUCCGCCCACUUCGCACUUCCAUAUACUGUCGGACACUCCGUCGGGUUUGCAACCUGUGAACCCGCCUAAAACCCCGCAGCCGAGCGCUGCCAAAACGUUAUUGGAUCUGGAUAAAGCUCAAGAAACGAAAAAACCCGAAAUCGCGGAAAUUACCACGUUUGGGUUGAAGUUGGAUCAGUAUGCCAAAAAGCCGGCCGCUUUAAGAAACAAAAGCGCCGCCUCCUUGACUAGAGACUGGACAGAGCAAGAGACAUUGCUACUUUUAGAAGCCCUGGAAAUGUAUAAAGACGACUGGAACAAAGUGUGCGAACACGUCGGCUCCAGAACUCAAGAUGAAUGCAUUCUGCAUUUCCUCAGAUUGCCCAUCGAGGAUCCAUAUUUGGACGAUCCAGACGCUGGCAGCGCCUUGGGGCCUCUAUUGUACCAACCGAUACCGUUUAGCAAAUCCGGAAACCCCAUAAUGUCGACAGUCGCGUUUUUAGCCUCGAUUGUCGAUCCUCGAGUGGCAGCUGCGGCCGCCAAAUCAGCUAUGAACGAGUUUGCGAACAUCAAAGACGAAGUUCCGGCAUCCGUUAUGGAUGCGCACAUCAAAAACGUCGAGGCUUCUUCGAUCCAAGGAAAAUUCGACGCUUCGGCGAAUUUGUCCCUGACAGGAAUAGCUGGAACGCUUCCGGAAAAAGACGAGGAAAUCAAAAAGGAAAUCGACAUUAAAGAGGAAAGAGACGAGAAAAAAAUCGACGAGAACGUUAAAUCGGAACCGUCGGACGAUAAGGAGGAUAAAUCGAACGAAGCCGAUCUAAAAGGCGAUAAAGGGAUGAAAGAGAGCGACAUGCAGAGCGCGGCUGCAGCUGCUCUAGCUGCGGCAGCUGUCAAAGCCAAGCAUCUUGCUGCCGUGGAAGAGCGCAAGAUUAAAUCCCUUGUCGCUCUCUUGGUGGAAACGCAAAUGAAAAAGUUGGAGAUCAAGCUUCGCCAUUUCGAAGAACUCGAAACGACGAUGGAAAGGGAACGCGAAGGGCUCGAAUAUCAACGUCAGCAGCUGAUAACGGAGAGGCAGCAGUUCCAUUUGGAACAGCUGAAAGCGGCCGAGUUCAGAGCCAGGCAACAGGCGCACCAGAGGCUUCAAGUCGAACAAGGAAACUGGCCGUCUCAGCCGCAAAAUAUGGGUCAUUCCGGGGGGUCUGCCGAGAGUGGACCGAGCACAACCCCAACUCCUCCAUCUCCGCAAGCUGCGGCUGUCAACUCGCCAGCUGCACCCCAUCAUCAUAUUUAAGUUAUUUUACCGAAAAAUGACAGCAUUUUAUCCCAAUAUUUAUCUAAAAUUAUAUGCUAGUCAUAUUUUGCAGUAGAUGCCAUUAUUCGAGGUGCUUCAAGCAUUGAAUGUCUUGCAGGGUGAUUUAACAGUACAUGCCAUAUUAAUACACUCACAGGCAAAAUAAUCGAU